ACGGUGUCUUGGUCGUACUCCGCACAGGGCGAGCAGAGCACCGCCAGCCCCAUCCUGCCAUUCUGUCCUGCCCUCACAGAAGAAGAUGGUGGUAACCAACGCGGUUCGCCCGGACCAAAUAUAACCCGCCGUUAACUUCGCCCGCGACGCCAAACGCAAGGAAUUGUUGCUGUUUAUAGACCAAGAGACCGCCUGCAAAAAGGGGGCCGUUCACAAUGACUAACGAGGAGCCUUUACCCAAGAAGGUUCGCCUCAGUGAAUCUGAUAUGAAGACCUUGACCAGAGAGGAGCUGUGCACUAGGUGGAAACAGCAUGAGGCAUAUGUGCAGGUCCUGGAGGCGAAAUAUGCAGAGCUGUGUUCCAAUGAUGUAACAGGCCUGAAGGAAUCGGAGGAGAAGCUCAAGCAGCAGCAGCAGGAAUCUGCACGGAGGGAGAACAUCUUGGUCAUGCGGCUUGCCACCAAGGAGCAGGAAUGCACAACGCACAUCCAGUACCUCAAGCAAGUCCAGCAGCCCAGUGCGGCCCAACUGCGCUCAUCCAUGGUGGACCCGGCCAUCAACUUGUUUUUCCUCAAAAUGAAGGGUGAACUGGAACAGACUAAAGACAAACUGGAGCAGGCCCAAAAUGAACUGAGUGCCUGGAAAUUUACACCUGAUAGCCAAACCGGGAAGAAGCUGAUGGCCAAGUGUCGCAUGCUGAUUCAGGAAAACCAAGAGCUGGGGAGGCAGCAGUCCCAGGGACGCGUCGCCCAGCUGGAGGCCGAGUUGGCCCUGCAGAAGAAGUACAGCGAGGAGCUGAAGAGCAGCCAGGAUGAGCUGAAUGACUUUAUCAUCCAGCUGGACGAGGAAGUGGAAGGGAUGCAGAGCACCAUCCUCGUCCUGCAGCAGCAACUCAAGGACACCCGCCAGCAGCUCACCCAGACUCAGGGGGCUCCAGCCGGGCCGGGACCCAGCCGGACUUCGCCCUCCGCCUCCGAGCAGGCAGCCCAACUCCCCCAGCAGGCCGACGCCCACUCUGACUCGGCAGGCAAAGAUUUGGCGAGGGUGGCCAACGGGCCCAGCAAGGGCGGUUCAUCCCAGAGAAGCAACACCACCACGCCCAGCCUCUACCGGGAGGUCAGUAGCACCGACGAAGACUUUGCCAUGUCCCCCAUGGCGUCCAGCCCCGGUGAAGCCGAGACCAAACUGUCCAACCACUCCGAGGAGGCAUCAGGGAGUCAGAGUAGUGCUGUCCGGGCUGGAGGACCCGUGGGUUUGAGCGCAGGGUAUGAGAGUGUGGACUCUCCAACAGGCAGCGAGACCUCAUUGACUCAGCACUCCAACGACACGGACUCCACCACCGACCCGCACGAGGACAAGGCUGCCCAGGUCACCAAGGGCACCAGGACUUCAGGGUCACGGCAUCCUCAGAACGGCCUGGACUCCACCACGAGCGACGGUGCUGUUUUGUAAUGUUCUCUGAAAAAUGUCUGGUCUCUUUUUCUUUUUCUUUUUUUAUACAGAACAAGACAACAAUUGCAUAGUGUGUAACGCAGCACUGCUGUCUGAGAUGUUUAGUUUUGCUGACCUUCUCCCUUUGCUUCUUGUGAAAGCUAUGUCACAUUUGUGUUGCUCAGCAGGGCACAACAUGGCAAAUGGUUAAUGUUAGACAUCCAUUGAGUGGUGUAUGAUUUCAAAACUAGUACGUUUCAUCCUGCUCUUGAUUUGAGUCGGCCGCUGACCAUCUGGUGUUGUAACUCAUUAAGUCGCUCAAUUCACAGAAUUACAGCACAUCUCACUUAGUAUUGGCCUGUCUUUAUUUUUUAUUUCAAUUUUAAAUUUCAUUAAAAAGUUCAGUUGGGAAGAUUCUGUGAGUAGUUUAUAAGCAAUGUUCACAUGCUGACUUCAGUCAUUUUCAUGUACUGACCAAAUACCAAUAAAGAUUUUUAAUACUAAA